UCAGUUAGCGUGUGGAGGAGAGAGUGUGCUGCUUUGAGUUCAGUCCGGCUGGAGCUGGAGAGAGAGGGAGAGAGAGAGAGAGAGAGAGAGAGAGAGAGAUAGUGUGUGUGAGAGCUGCUGCAGGAUGAGAUGAUGACCGGGGCUCUGCUGGUUCCCCGCGCCGCUCUCUGAACUUCCAGCAGCAGCAGCAGCAGCAGCAGUAGAGCCGGGGUCUGCCUCUUCCUCCUGCUCCACACUCCUCUGUCCUGAUGGCCGGAGCGCAGCCGGGAGUGCACGCGCUGCAGCUGAAACCUGUGGCCGUGCCGGAGAGUCUGAGGAGCGGCAGCAAGUUCAUGAAGUGGGAGGAUGACUCUACCACUGUGACUCCAGUGACAUUAAAAGUUGAUCCCCAGGGCUACUUUCUACUUUGGACUGAUCAGAAUAAGGAGACAGACCUUCUGGACAUUUCUUCUAUCAAGGAUGCCCGGACCGGGAAAUAUUCCAGAACACCCAAGGAUGCUAAAGUGCGUGAGCAGCUGGGUGUGGCCACUCUGGUGGGGAAGAUGGAGAACAGGAUCCUGACAGUGGUGACUGGUCCAGACAUGGUUAACAUCACCUACCUAAAUUUCAUGGCCUUUCAGGAUGAGGUGGCCAAGGAGUGGGCUGAAGAGCUUUUUAAGUUGGCCUCAAACCUCCUGGCUCAAAACAUGUCCCGGGAGUCCUGUUUAGAAAAAGUCUAUGCUAGACUGCUGCUGCAGCUCAACCCUGAGGGAUGUAUUCCUGUGAAAAAUAUCUUCCGGGCGUUUUCAGCAGACAGGAAGCGGGUCGAAACUGCUUUAGAGAACUGCAGCCUUCCAUCUGGACGAAAUGACUUUAUCCCGGAGCAGCAGUUUACGAAAGAAAUAUACAGAGUGUUCCUCAACAGCAUCUGUCCCCGGAAGGACAUCGAUACCAUCUUCUCAGAAAUUGGUGCUAAGAGCAGACCAUAUCUCACAGUGGAGCAGAUGACAGACUUUAUCAACAAUAAGCAGCGAGACCCCCGGCUGAAUGAGAUUCUGUACCCGCCCCUGAAGCCCGAGCAGGUGCAGGCAUUGGUGGAGAAGUACGAGCCCGACGACAUGCUCUGCAAGCGAGGUCAGAUUUCUGUGGAGGGCUUUGGGAGGUAUCUCAGUGGCGAGGAGAACAGCAUCAUUCCGCCUGAGAAAUUGGACCAGAGUGAAGAUAUGAUGUUCCCUCUUUCUCACUACUUUAUUAAUUCCUCCCACAACACCUACCUCACAGCGGGGCAGCUGGCAGGGAACUCGUCAGUGGAGAUGUACAGGCAGGUGCUGCUCUCUGGCUGCCGCUGUAUAGAGCUGGACUGCUGGAAGGGUCGCACCACAGAGGAGGAGCCUAUCAUCACCCAUGGAUUCACCAUGACCUCUGAAAUCUCCUUUAAGGAAGUGAUUGAGGCCAUCGCUGAAAGUGCAUUCAAGACAUCUCCUUUCCCCGUCAUCCUUUCGUUCGAGAACCAUGUGGACUCCCCCAAGCAGCAGGCUAAGAUGGCAGAGUACUGCAGAUCAAUAUUUGGAGACGCUUUGCUCACAGAGCCACUGGAGAAAUACCCACUGGAUUGUGGGUCACCUCUGCCCAGUCCCAUGGACCUGCUGGGUAAAAUCCUCAUCAAGAACAAGAAGAACUCUCACAAGGAUGAGGGCAGCACCAAGAAGAAGCUUACUGAGCAAACCUCCAACACCUGCAGCGACACAUCCAGCAUGUGUGAGCCGUCCUCUCCCAGCGCAGGAUCAGCGAAUCAGGAGCUUCCAGACUCCAGUCAGCCAAGCUCAGAGGCCAGUGAUGGCAGAAUGCAGGGAAGAAAGUCUAUCGGUGAGGUUGAAGCUGAGAGUGAGGAUGAAGAUGAUGAAGAUGAUGACUGUAAAAAAUCCAUGGAUGAGGGGACAGCAGGCAGUGAAGCGUUUGCCACUGAGGAGAUGUCUAACCUGGUCAACUACGUUCAGCCGGUCAAGUUCCACUCAUUCGAGGCAUCAAAAAAAACUAAUAGAAGCUAUCACAUGUCAUCGUUUGUGGAGACUAAGGCCCUGGAACAGCUGACCAAGUCCCCAGUGGAAUUUGUGGAGUAUAACAAACUCCAGCUCAGCAGACUCUACCCCAAGGGCACCAGGAUGGACUCCUCCAACUACAUGCCUCAGGUCUUCUGGAACGCAGGCUGCCAGCUUGUGGCAUUGAACUUCCAGACCAUAGAUCUGCCCAUGCAGCUGAAUCUGGGGAUGUUUGAGUACAAUGGGAAGAGUGGAUACAGACUGAAGCCUGAGUUCAUGAGGAGGCCUGAUAAGCACUUUGAUCCCUUCACUGAGAGCACAGUGGAUGGGAUUGUAGCGCACACGCUAUCUGUGAAGAUCAUAUCAGGCCAGUUCCUGUCUGAUAGGAAGGUGGGCACCUAUGUGGAGGUGGACAUGUUUGGGCUUCCGGUGGACACAAAAAGGAAGGCAUUUCGGACCAAAACAUCCCCAGGCAAUGCUGUCAAUCCAGUGUGGGAUGAGGAGCCCAUAGUCUUUAAGAAGGUGGUUCUUCCAACUCUCGCGUCUUUGAGAAUAGCCGUUUACGAGGACAACGGGAAGAUCAUUGGUCAGCGCAUCAUUCCAGUGAGCGCCAUCCGUCCUGGUUACCAUUACAUAGGGCUGAGAAAUGAGAAGAACCAGACACUAACGCUGCCUGCCAUUUUUGUCUACAUUGAAGUCAAAGACUAUGUCCCUGACACUUUCGCAGAUGUGAUUGAGGCGCUGUCCAAUCCCAUUCGCUACAUCAGCCUGAUGGAGCAGAGAGCCAGUCAGCUGGCAGCUCUUACUCAGGAGGAAGGAGAACAGGAGGAGAACAGUAAGAUAGAUGUGGUUAGAGGAGAGGUGGUGACAGAGCCGAAACCUGACGUGCAGCGAGCUCCAGAAGAGAAUGGAACCAAUCAUGCUCCAGUCAUCACUCCAAAACCACCCUCAGUGGGUAGCCACCACUCACACCCCUCAGGAUCGGUGAAGCCACAAGUUCCCAGGCAUGAAGAUGUGAAUCAGGGUGUUUUGACAGAGUUGGAGGCUCAGACGGUGGAGGAGCUGAAACAGCAGAAGGCGUUUGUGAGGGAGCAGAGGAAGCACUAUAAGGAGCUGAAGGAACUGGUAAAGAAGCACCAUAAGAAAACCACAGAAAUGAUUAAAGAGCACACGGCCCGGCAUAGUGAGCUACAUAGUGAACAGCUCCGCCGCCGCUCUGCCCUCCACAAGAGCGCCAAACGCGAUGGUAAGAAAAGAUCAUCUUCAGAGAAUGCUCUGUGCACUGUGGAACAGGAGUUGGCUGCUCUGGAGCAGGAAAGUGCUCAGAAACUGUUGGAGCUGAAGGAACAGCAGCAGCAGCAACUUCUCACCCUCAGGCAGGACCAGUACUACAGUGAGCAGUACCUCAAAGGCAAACAUAUUAAACAGCUAGUUGAGAAGCUGACCAGCAUUGCUGAGGAGUGUCAGAGUAACCAGAUGAAGAAGUUGAAAGAGCAGUGUGAGAAGGAAAAGAAAGAGCUGAAAAAGAAAAUGGAUAAGAAGAGACAGGAGAGGAUUAAUGAAGCAAAGUCAAUAGAGAAAAAUCUGACAGAAGAAGAGAAGUUACAGAUCAACAGAUCACAUGUGAAUGAAGUUGUACAGUAUAUUAAAAGGCUGGAAGAUGCUCAAAGCAAAAGGCAGGAGAAAUUACUGGAGGCACACAAACUCAUACGCCAGCAAAUCCUGGAUGAGAAACCAAAGGGGGACAGUUCAUGGGAGAAGCUUCAAAGCGAGCUGGACCAGGAAUAUCAGGACAAGUUCCGGCGGCUCCCGGUGGAGAUCCAGGAGUUCGUACAGGAAAGCGCUAAAGGCAAGCCGAGCAAUGAGUGUGAACAGAGCUGCCUCAGCGGCUCAGUCACAGAGAAGCUAAACCACAGAGCGGCCCAGUCUGAGGAGGACCUGGAGGAGGCCUCGUCAGAGAAGGUGUACGACACGCCGCUCUGAGUUAACCUCUGGCUUUCACCUUUUAACUGUAGCGAAUCUGAAUAUGUACAUAAGUUUUGUAAUAUCAAUGUGUUCCUGGUUGUUGUCUCUAAUUUAAAGUGCACCUUUUACGACUGCGUCUGUAGAAUCUGUUGACGAAACAUUGGCACGUACUAAGAUGACGUACUCGAACAACGGCGAGAAUACUGACGAUUUAUUUACAUCCCUUUGUCCUUCCCUGGAAAGCUGUUAUAGAGCUCACUUCAAACUGACAGAUUUGAUAAUGAUGCUUGUGUGUAGAUAACCACUAGAGAGAAUUGUUUAUGUACUCAUUGUUUAAGAGCAGAUUUAGCCUGGGCAGAGACUCUAAAAAUAAUUUGAAAGUAAGCCUGUAAAUAGCUGUAUAUUUUGGAAGUGGAUACGUUCCAUGUGCUAGCAGUGAAGCGUUUCUGUUCACACGUGGCUUACAGGGUUCAGCCCAUCACUUACAAACCUGUCAUUGUCUCUUUUAAAUGACCACAGCUUUUGUGUUGGUUAUAAAACUUGUUUUUAACAUUUUAUAGAUACAUUUUUUUGUUGUUUGUUUGUUUCUGUGUUGGUUUUCAUUUUUAUAUUUGGCUAAAUGUAAUUAAAUGUACACUUAGUUGUAAUGUUACCUUUAAAAAAAAAUUAUAGAAUGAAUGACUGAUUCAAAAGCAUGUUUUUGUACACAUGUAAAUGUUGCCUAUGUAGCAGAGAGGGCGCAAAAGAUCAUAUGCACUCUUAUAAAUGUAAAUAAUUUAUGUUGUCAGAGAAAAACAUUCAUUAUAUACAGUACCAGUCAAAACAGACACCUCUUUCCAUUCAGUGUGGAAUACAAACUUUAAUACGGACAUUAAAGCUACACGGGAACACAUUUAUGUGAAAUUAAUUAAUUUAAAAAGUGUUAAACAAAUCAGAAUAUGAUUUAUAUUUUAGAUUCUUCUAAUUAGCCACAUUUAGCUUUGAGGACAGAUCUGCACACUCUUGGUUUUUAUAGCAAGUAAUAGUAAUAGUUUUCUCAGCGUCUUGAAGAAGUUCCAAAUCACACACCUCAAUUCAUCAGGUUAAUGUCAGGGGAUUGUGGAGGACUAACACUUUUUAUACUGUUUACUAUGUAAUUCCAUAUAGUUUUGAUAUAUUUAACAUUAAUCUAAAAUGUAGAAAAAGAAAGAAAGAAAGCAAGAAAGACAUUGAAUGAAAAGGUGUGUCCAAACUUUUGACCGGUACUGUACAUUUAUAUAUACGUCAUGCAAAAAAAAAACAUAUCUUUUUCAUUAUUUUUACAUAACUUAAAUUUGGCAUUGUAUCACAAUUUCAUGGUGUAUGAAUCAAAAGAAUUACUCUGAAAUUACUUGAAAUAAACUACUUUACUUUGACUUCAGUUAUACAGCCACCACAGAUGCUUUAUCUUGAUUUUUUAUUGAUUGUUUUAACAGAAACUUUAUUUCAAAUGUUUUGCCAAUUUUAGAACACUGGCGUCUGGAUAAUACAUUUUUUUUGACAGUCAGAAUGAUGUCUGUCCGACACACACAUGCCUCCACUGGCCGCCCUGUUGACUCAUUAGGCCAUAGUAAACAUUUGUUGUUACCAAAAUGUGAUGAAGAAAAAUAUUCAUUAGUAAAAUAUAUAUUCAUCAACAUUGUCAACAUUCAGAUUAUUGAACUAGAAAAGAAAAUAUGACUGGUCUUUCGUAGCAAAAUUUAGCACGUGCCAAACAUAGGUCAAAAUAUUUGUACAAUAUUGCAGCCCUGGUUUAAUCAAUGCGCCACUGUAAUAGCAGCUAUUGCUAACAUUUACAUGGUUAAUAAAUGGUGAAGUAUCUCUUUAGCAUUUCUCCUUUUUUUGCCUAUUUUUUAAAAAAGCAGCUUUUUCACCAGGUUACAAGAAUGCAACAGUGGCUCUCACAGGUGGUUUACUUUUCAAAUUAUAGGAUUAUUAGGAUUAUGUAAAAUUACUGUACUUUGUGUUUGCCAGGUACAUAUACGACUUUAACCCUUUCUCAGUAAAAAAAAUACAGUGUAUAAUUUGGCAAGACAUUUGUAUAAAAACAAACUGACAAAUCAGUUAAAAAAUGUUUUAAACAUAACAAAAUAGGAUAUGAUUUGUAGCACUUUGAUCAUGUUCUUCCUUUUUUUUUUUUACCAUGACUGAUUUUUUCAUUUUGUUUCUACUGUGAACCACUACUGCAUUUUUUCCAUGACUGAAAAGAAAAUGAACCUGAAAAUAAAUUGUCCAUGUGCAUCAGUUUAUAAACUGUGUACAAAUUUAAACAAAGGAAGUCCUGAUUAUUUGCUUAGAAUAAACUCCAACAGUUACAAGCUAUCGUGCCAUAAAUUACGGCUACAUUCACAUUACCUGCCUGCUAUAGAUGAAGUGAUUCAACUUCGAUUUUUGCCUUAAUGUGACACAUCUAAUUUACAGGGUUGUGUGGACAUAAAAAUUGGAUUUGGGUCAUUUUAUACUAUUUAGGCCUGGAAUGUUAAUAUAGCCUGAAAUCUACAUUCUUUAAAUAGUCUGUGUACAGUAACACAAACUAGUCUUUCAUUUACAGAAGUGAUUGCCAUCCUGUGAGUCUUGUGUUUUAAUCUGUUUGCCUUGUGGAAUGUGUGUAAAAUCAUCAGUGUGUGUAACUUUUGUUGUAACAUAAAGAAUGUGUUUAGUUCUAUGUCUGUAUGUCUUUUUAGAUGGUGUGCACUUUUAGUACAUUAACACUACUGAGUAAAGUGUGAUUAGCAGUAUUUCAGGAAGAGAACUGUUUUCUAUAUUCUGUAGUGAAGAUCUUCAUUUUCUCUAUGCUACUUGUUUCUCUUUAUAUGUAAAGGUACUGGAUAUAUGCAUUCUUAAGAGAAGCUUAGAGUAAAUGUAAGAAAUAAAAAGUGAGGAAAGGGAAAAUGCUUGUGAAUGAAAUAAAUGUUGAUUCUCUAUGUA